AUGUUGAAGGACUGGUGCAGUUUGCGUUGUGUUGAAGAGGAAUGCAUGGUGAUGCAGAGUGGGCGGGACUCAGGGUUAGGGUUCUGUCUGUGUUUCCUGGUCUCUCCCGGUCUGACUCAGGUCCCCGAACCCGCGGAGUGCCUCGUCUCCGGGGUCUACAAUCUGAUCCGGCUGCCGGGGAAUGAAGACGCCAAGAGCUGCUAUCAACAUUGCUUUGAUGAGCCCAAAUGCCACAUGGCUGUGGUGAGCAAACCGCUCAGCGGCGCACAUCAGUGUCUGCUGGUCAACUGUCUGAACCAGGGAAGUUACAGGGUAGUCCGAGACCCCAGCGCAGAAAUCACUGUUUACCCCAAGAGCACCAUUGAUGAUGAACAAAGAGCCUUUCUCAUGAAAGGUGCAUAUGGCUGGGCUGAUGAGAAACUACGAUGUUCUGGUCUCAUGAAGGACAGCAGCUGUGACUCCAAGAGUCCCAGAUUCUUCUACAACAAGAACACUCGGGGCUGUGAACAGGUGACCAGUGGCUGCGGGUCCAACAGGAACACAUUUGAUACCCGAGGGGCCUGUGAGACCUUCUGCAAUGAAAGGCGUGUUUGUUAUCUACCAGUGGAGUAUGGUGAAAACCCAUCUGCUGGCCAUAGUGGUGGUCCUCACAUCAGAGCCGAGCCUGAUGCGGAGACCAUCAGAGGCAAGCCUGAUGCAAACGCCCCUUACAACUUCUUCUUCCACAAUAUGUCAAGUUUCAGAUGUGAGGGAUUUCACUUCAGAGGCAGUGCGUCUAACGGGAACAUCUUCAGCACUGUGGAGGAGUGUGAAAGUCACUGUGGUGAUGUUAAAGCGCGAUGUUUUGACUUCAUGGAAGACAGAAGCUGUAAGCCCAGAUUCUUCUACAACAGUACCAGUUACAGGUGUGAACAGCUGUCCAGUGGUGGUUGUGGGUCAAACAAGAAUGCAUUCGAUACCCGUGAUGGCUGUGAGGCACUCUGCAAUGAGAAGUACCGUUGUUAUCGACCUGUGGAGCAUGGCCAAAGGCCAUCUAUGUACGCCAACCCUUACUCUAUUAAGUCAGAAGAGCCCGAUAAAGACAGCUCUCCCAACUUCUUCUUUUACAACAUCUCGAGUUUGAAGUGUGAAGGAUUUCACUUCAGAGGCAGGGGGUCUAAUGGGAACAUCUUCAGGACUGUGGAGGAGUGUGAAAGACUCUGUGGUGAUGUUAAAGACCCUGUUCCUGCCCAGAACACAGCUACAACAACCAGUCCAACUCCUGGGAAUUCAGAUACUACAGCAGUUGUUCCUACAGAGAGGGCAGAUAUUUCAGUCACUCCCUCUGUUCCUGCCCAGAACACAGCUACAACAACCAGUCCAACUCCUGUGGAUUCAGAUACUACAGCAGUUGUUCCUACAGAGAGGGCAGUUACUACAACCAGGCAAUCUGCUGUGGGUUCAGAUAAUCCAGUCACUCCCCCACACCUUGUUCUUGCCCAGAACCCAGACCCUGUUCCUGCCCAGAACACAGGUGUUUCAGCUCCUGAAUCCGUAGUCACUGCAGCCAUAGUCUUCAAAUUUUUUCUGGCUAUUCUUUUUGUGGUCAUCUUGGGCGGUAUGGCCGUGUACUUCAGAACUUCCUGGUGUCCACCCAACAGGUACACGCUAAUUAAUGGAUAAGUCUGGUGAUCUUCUGUCAUUUUCUUCUCGUCGACAAAGACGCAGUCAUUUACUAAAACAGCAGGUUACUGUAGUUUUUAAUAAACAGAGAGGAGGAAAUUGUGCAUUUUCUAGGGACUAUUUUCAUGCUCAUACUUUUUCAUUAUUUUGUGAUCAUUAUUUGACGUCAUGUGAUGCUUUAUUUUGGGUAAAAUUCAAGGGUUUUUCUUAUUUUAUGGUGAUUUUUUUUCCACUGGGUUUAGUUUGUUUUUAUGAUUCAUAAAACAUAACAUACUUACACAGUUGAUUUACUAAAUUAUUCUCCAAGUUUAGAUUUUGUCAUAUAUUUGUGCCACUGAUCAUUUAUUACAUUUCUAAAAUGUCCUAAUUAAAAUAAAAUGUAACCAAAAACUGGACAUAUUAAAUGUACCAUCUGAUUGUUUUGCUUUAACAACGUCUUAAAAUGUG